AUGGCACAGUCACAGAACGGAUCUAACCUAACGGGGAACUUUACGAACCAGUUCGUGCAGCCGCCGUGGCGCGUGGCGCUCUGGUCGGUGGCGUACAGCUCCAUCCUGGCGAUCGCGGUGUUCGGGAAUCUGAUCGUCAUGUGGAUCAUUCUGGCUCAUAAGCGGAUGCGAACCGUCACCAAUUACUUUCUGCUUAACCUGGCGUUUUCGGACGCUUCCAUGGCCGCCUUCAACACUUUGAUCAAUUUUGUUUAUGCCACGCACGGAGAUUGGUAUUUCGGAGAAGCCUACUGCAAAUUUCACAACUUUUUCCCCGUCACCUCCGUGUUUGCCAGCAUUUACUCCAUGAGCGCAAUCGCAGUCGACAGGUACAUGGCCAUCAUCCAUCCUCUGAAACCACGACUCUCGGCGACGGCCACCAAGGUGAUCAUUGUGUGUAUCUGGGUGCUCGCUGUGGUUUUGGCCUUCCCGCUGUGUUUCUUUUCAACCAUCAAAAAAUUGCCCAAACGGACCCUCUGCUACGUUGCCUGGCCGAGACCUUCAGAAGACCCUUUCAUGUAUCAUAUUAUCGUGGCGAUGCUGGUGUAUGUUCUGCCCCUGGUGGUCAUGGGAAUCACAUACACUAUUGUCGGAUUGACCCUUUGGGGAGGAGAGAUUCCUGGUGACUCCUCAGACAACUAUCAGGGCCAGCUAAGAGCCAAGAGGAAGGUGGUGAAAAUGAUGAUCAUUGUAGUGGUGACCUUUGCCUUCUGCUGGCUGCCGUACCAUGUGUAUUUCCUGGUGACGGGAUUGAACAAGCAGCUGGCUCGAUGGAAGUUCAUUCAGCAGAUCUAUCUGUCCGUCAUGUGGCUCGCCAUGAGCUCCACCAUGUACAACCCCAUUAUUUACUGCUGCCUAAACAGCCGGUUUCGAGCUGGCUUCAAACGUGUUUUCCGCUGGUGCCCGUUUGUGCGAGUCUCCGACUAUGACGAGCUGGAGCUGCGGGCUAUGAGGCAUAAAGUAGCGCGGCAGAGCAGCAUGUACACAAUGUCGCGAAUGGAGACCACUGUAGUCACCGUGUGUGACCCAUCAGAGCCAAACACCCAGCCAGGCCGGAAGAGCCUUCUCAACCACCACCACCAUCACAACGGCUGCUCCAACCCAGCCAAGAGCAAAGAAAUAACAUACAUGCAAAGUGACCCGAAGGAGGAAUUCUCCUGA